GGGGAGAUUGGAAUGCCGUCGUGUUCGAAUCGAGAUUUGGAAGUUGUAUUUCCCUUUUUUCGGUUCUGCUGGUCUUGCGCCGCAACGUCUCGUUGCUGAAAGCCUGAAACUGGUGGGAUCUUGGUCCGAUGAGCUCUGCGUUUCGUGCGUGCGCUUGCAUAUUGGUUGCAGGUACAUCUGAUCAGCAUUGGCCGACCGACUAAGCCAAAUUGUUGGUUUCUGGGCGUGCGAGGUUAUUAUAUUCAUUUCCUGUUCUUGUUCUUGCUCCUGUACCGUCUGAGCAUCCCCCCCCUGCAAUGUCAGUCACUAUAUCUUAUAAUUUCCACACGGAUUAGGCUGGCACUGUAGACUGAAGUUCUGGUCCAUUUGUGGGUGGUAGACUGUGAUUCCCAUUUCUUUUUUGUUAGCUGUCUGGCAAUUAUUGUUUUCUCAACUUUCUUGGACUUCUCCGUGCUGAAAAAUCGAAUUGUUGCAACGGUGUAAAUCGAAUUGAUGGACCUGCCUGUUUUGUCGGGUGGUUGGUAAUUUCGAGGAACGGACUAGGACAUAGUGAUUCUUGUGGAAUCAAGUACUGCCGCACAUGCUCAGUAUCAGCGGCGUCCACACCCACCAUGGAUCGUAAUUACCUUUGCCAUAACAGUGGCUUGUCAGAUCUCUCUGUAGUUAAGUUAUGGCGCAGCUUUAUGUCUGGGGCUCUCUCAUCGCCCUGGGUUCUGGGACCUCCUUCUCGAAUGCAAUCCAGGGGCACCGUGGUCCAAGAUCAGCUGGAGCCCCAUGGCCAUGUGCUUCCCAACUACCGUCUGUCCAAGCGAAUUACUUGCUUGUCCUGUAGACAAUAUUAUUUGUCCCAGAUUCUCUUAUUAAGUUGUUAUAGAAUUUUCAAUUUUGCUUGCAAGACAGAAAUCUUGCUCAGCUGUCCAAUUCAUGAUUUGAGUUGCUGUCCUGUCGCUUGUUUUAUGAUGUGAACAUAUGCUUGUCAGGACCAAAGAUUAGAGGACUCACUGUCAUGCUCCGUGGUGAAUGCUUUAUUGUACCAAAGUUCUAGUGCAUCACAAAGGAUACUGAAAUGGGUGCCAAAGAGAAUGGGGAAGAGAGAGAUGAUCAUUCAAGUGAUGUGGAAAGAGAUGGUAAACAAGGGAAGGUAACUGAAUCAGACUAUGAACCAGCUAGAAAUUCCCUUUCAUCACCGGGUGAGGCUACCAGUAACGAAGACACUAAAGUGAAAAGAGUCUCAAGGGUUCCAAAGAAGCUAUCAAGGAAAGAGUCUAAAGAAAACAGCCCACGCUCAGCAAGAAGCAUUUCCAAAAGUCAAAUCCACACUAAACUGCAGUAUAUAUCGUCAAACAGUAACCAGAACAAAUCACCCAAAACAAACAAAGCGGUUAAUGGUGCUAAAACUGUUGAAAUUAAGAGGCCAGAGACUCCGAAAGCUCCUUCUUGUUCUUCAUCUGAGAUGUCUGAGGAAACAGAUGACAAAGCUAUUGAGGAUAGACCCACAGAUGACAAAGCAAUUGAGGGCAGAAUCAAGGAUGAUAGCGCUGUUGAAGGCAGAGCCACCAAUGAUAAAGCCGUUGAUGACAAAGCAAAGAAUGAUAAAGACAUUGAGGACGGAAUGAAGGAUGAUAAUGCCAUUGAAUGUGAAGUCACUGAUGAUAAGCCUAUUGACAGCAAAGUAACUGAUGAUAUUACCAUUGAGGGAAGAGAGAUUGAAGGUAAAGCCAUUGAAGAGGCAAAGGAGAUUGAUAUAUUGGAUGAAGCUCCAAAAUCUGAUCAGAGUACUGGCACUGAUGAUGAAAUUGUUGAUACUGAAGAAAACAUAGCUGAUAAUGGCAACUCAGUUUCUUAUAAAAUUAACGAGGAAUUAUAUUCAAAAAUUGAGAAGUUGGAGCAGGAGCUACGUGAAGUUGCUGCCCUCGAGGUUUCUCUCUACUCUGUGGUGCCAGAGCACGGUUGUUCAUCACAUAAGUUGCAUACACCAGCUCGCCGUCUAUCUAGGGUUUACAUUCAUGCAUCAAAAUUUUGGUCCUCAGAUAAGAAAGCUUCAGUUGCAAGAAAUUCAGUUUCUGGGCUUGUGCUUGUUGCAAAGUCUUGUGGCAAUGAUGUUUCAAGGUUGACAUUUUGGCUAUCGAACACAGUUGUCCUGAGAGAAAUCAUCGCACAAACAUUUGGUACUUCACAACACUCAAGUCCAGUUAAGGUUUUCAGCUCAAAUGGCAAUGCAAACAAGCCUGACAGGAGUUUCACUUCAUCGCAAUGGAAAAGUAACUACAAUGGCAAGUAUGUGAACCCCAAUAUCAUGCAGCUGCCAGAUGAUUGGCAGAAAACUAGCACAUUGCUGGAUGCAUUGGAGAAGAUUGAAUCUUGGAUCUUUUCUCGGAUUGUUGAGUCUGUGUGGUGGCAGGCAAUGACACCCCACAUGCAAACCCCUGUAGAAGAUUUGUCAACUCCAAAGAUAGGGAGGUUGUUAGGGCAGUCUUUGGGUGAUCAGCAACAUGGGAGUUUUUCUAUUGAUCUCUGGAGAAGUGCAUUUCAAGAUGCAUUCAGCAGAAUCUGUCCUCUUCGUGCUGGUGGGCAUGAGUGUGGAUGUUUACCAGUCUUGGCAAAACUGGUGAUGGAGCACUGCAUAGCCCGGUUAGAUAUUGCUAUGUUUAAUGCCAUCCUUCGUGAAUCAGAGAAUGAGAUACCCACUGAUCCUAUAUCCGACCCAAUUGUGGACUCAAGAGUUCUGCCGAUUCCAGCUGGCAACUUAAGCUUUGGAUCAGGCGCACAGCUGAAGAGCUCUGUUGGGAAUUGGUCCAGAUGGUUGACUGAUACAUUUGGCAUGGAUGCUGCUGAAUCUGAAAAGGGUGGUCAAGAUGUGGAAGUUAAUGGCGAUGACAGAAGAGACGCAGCCGAAUCAACUUGUUUUAAGCUACUUAACGAGUUGAGUGAUCUUCUGAUGCUCCCGAAGGACAUGCUUCUCGAGAAAGCCAUUAGGAAAGAGGUCUGCCCUUCCAUUGGCCUUCCACUAGUAACAAGAAUACUCUGUAACUUCACUCCGGACGAGUUCUGCCCUGAUCCUGUUCCUGGCAUGGUUCUAGAGGAGCUGAAUUCUGAGAGCUUGCUGGAUCGAUCCACAGAGAUAGACAUGGUGAGCACGUUCCCAGUGACCGCUGCUCCAGUGGUGUACUGGGCCCCUACGCUGGAGGACGUUAGGGAGAAAGUGGCUGACACGGCAUGUGGCAACCCAGAGCUGGACCGGAGGGGUUCAAUGGUGCAGAGGAGGGGCUACACCAGCGAUGACGAUCUGGAUGCCCUGGAGUUCCCGCUGGCGUCCCUGUACGACAAGAGCAACCCCCCGUCCCCGUGCAACAAUGGCGUCGCCCAUUUCAGCACUCGGCAGGUAGCCUCCAUGGAGAACGUGAGGCACGAGCUCCUGCGAGAAGUAUGGUGCGAGCGGCUAUGAUCUCGAUAAAUACGGCCUGUGGAGCCUUUUUGAUCUAUGUGAACAGUGGAAAUGGUGGGAAAGACGUGAAGAAACUGCAAUCGAAAAGCGAUGACAAAAAUGCUAUUCAAUUCUUCGUGUAUAUCCAUCCGUUCCUUGUCAGCCCGUGCAUUGGUUGUUUCCCCUUUUUUAUAUGAUAUAGUAGAACUGUAUUGUACAGUGGCUAUGAAUGAAUGUGAUGUGAUCAUGAAAGAUUGGGAGACAUAGCAUCAUUUUAACCUUCAUUAUUAUACCCGUC